AUGGCUCUCUCUCUUACUUCCGGCCUCGUCCAGGCCUAUGGUGGACUGAACGGUUACUGGGGACAACUCGGAGACGAGGCUCUGAAGAGCUACUGUGACAACGGUCCCGAGUAUGUGACACUGUCUUUCGUUAACCAAGCCCCGGAGAACACAAAAUCUGGUUACCCCGGUACCAACUUCGCCGGACACUGCUGGGCUGGAACAUAUAAGAACAAGGACGACGUCGGAGGAGACCUCCUGAGCGAGUGCUGGUCUAUCAAGGAGGGCAUCCCUUACUGCCAGGAGCGUGGUGUCAAGGUUCUCCUUAGCAUCGGUGGUGUCUAUAACGAGGAUGGUGGUGACUAUAAGGUGACGACUGACCAGAAGGGUGUCGACUUUGCCGAUUUCCUCUGGAGUGCCUUUGGUCCUUAUGACAAGAACUGGAAUGGCCCCCGUCCCUUUGAUGCCAACGAUGGAAGCACUCGACCUGCCAUUGACGGUUUCGACUUUGACAUCGAGCAUAACCUGCCAAACGGUCCUUACAUCGCCAUGAUCAAUGAGCUCCGUAGACUCAAGAGCGACAUCAUCAUCACUGGUGCUCCCCAGUGCCCUACUUCCGACGCGUACUUCUACAUGAAGCAGAUGAUCAACGAGGCCCAGUUUGAUGCCCUUUUCAUCCAAUUCUACAACAACGGCUACUGCGAUGCUAUUGAGGACCCUGACGUGUCUUGGGACCGGAUGAACUAUGACGAGUGGGUGGGCAUCGUUGACGAUAGCCAAGCCAGCAAGUCAGCCAAGAUCUACGUUGGACUGCCCGCCAGCGAGGACGCUGCCGGCAGUGGAUACCUUGAGCCUGACGCGCUCAAGGAACUCGUCUGCAAGCUGAAGGACAAGCCUCACUUUGCCGGUCUCUCUCUGUGGGAUCUCACCCGUGGUGCUUCCAACAAGGUCGGCGGAAAGACCUACAACCAGCAUGCCAUGGAUGCCCUUGAGUACGGAUGCGACCCCAUCCCUACCACUACCACGAGCGCGAUUUCGUCGACCACUGAGACCUCCUCUACCGAGUCCACGACUACUAGCGAUGCCACUACUACCACAUCUGAUGUCUCCACCACCACAUCUGACGCUUCUACCGCCACUUCGGAUGCCUCUACUACUUCUGAUGCCUCAACCUCCGAGACCGCCACCUCGUCUGAGACCACCACCUCUUCUGAUGCCUCGACUACCGCUACUUCCACUGAUGCCACCUCCACUGAGGCCACCUCUACUGAGGCCUCCACCUCCGAUGCUUCCUCGACCGAUGCUUCCUCGACCACUGAGACCGCCACCGGAACUACCAGCGAUGCCAGCACUGAUGCCUCCAGCUCCGUGACUGAGACCUCCACCGAUGCCACGGACUCCUCAACUGCUACCACUGAUGCUUCCACCACUGGCACUGCUUCCACCACUGGCACUGAUGCUUCCACCACUGGCACUGAUGUCUCCAGCACCGAGACCUCAUCUGCUGCUACUGACUCUGCCACCACUGACUCUGCUACCGGCACCACCGAGACAUCAACUGGCACCGACGCCUCCGUCACUGGAACUUCGUCUGCUGCCACUGAGUCUUCUGCUACUACUGAUGCCUCCACUGCUUCCACCGACAGCACCGAGGUCAACACGGCCACCACGACAUCUGCUUCUGAGGCCACUGACUCGACCUCCCUGACCGAGACCGAGACCGAGAGCGUUCCUACCACGCUGCCAAACACCUUGACCACCACAGACGACACCACAGCUUCUACUACGGAUGAUGCUAGCCUGACCACUGACACUGCCUCUGAGAGCGUCCCUACAUCUCUCCCAGUGACUUACAGCACCUUCCAUGGCUGGAACACGACUUGGACCACUGGAGCCACGCAGACAUACGGAAACCCCACUCGAUCUUCGACCCUGAUUCCUGGCCAGACCACCACCAAGUGCUCGACCGAAGGCCAGGCCUCUGUCACCAGCUCUGCAACUGUCAGCAUGACCACCAGCACUGUCUGCACCACCAAGGUCUACACCGUUACCAAGUGCCCCCCUGAGGUUGUUAACUGCCCCGCCGGUGGCUAUGUUACCACUGAGACCAUCCCUCUGUACACGACUGUCUGCCCAGUUACCGCCAAGGCCACUCCCACUCAGUACGCUGUGCCCCCUGAGUAUGAGACCAAGACUGUCUACACCACGAGCGUCCACACCGUUACCAAGUGCCCUCCUGAGGUUGUCAACUGCCCAGUUGGCUCUGUCACUACCGAGACUAUCCCCGUAUACACCACUGUCUGCCCUGUGACCGAGAAGCCCCAGCCUGUCCCGACCAAGGUUCCCGGCCAUAGCGAGACUAAGACCCUUUACACGGCCAAGAUUUACACUCCUACUGAGUGCCCCGCUGGUGAUAACGACUGCGUUGUUGGAAAGCCCACUACUGAGGUUGCCUCGUGGACCACCGCUAUUGUUCCUCCCAAGGAGACCAAGCCCGUCCAGGUCUACCACCCUGAGGUCCCUGAGGAGGAGGAGAAGGAGGUGACAACCGUCAAGGCCUCUUACACGGUCUACACCAACGUUGUUGUCCCGCCUGCCACCCUCGAGACUACCAUCAAGCCUGUGGUCACCGAAAAGCCCUCGGGCGUCGCUGCUCCUACUGGUGGCUGCAGCGGCCCAGGCUGCCCUCAGCCUACCGCAGUCCACACCCCGACACCCAAGAACCCCGACUAUGCUCCCAUCACACCCGCGACGGCCGGAGCCUCUUCCCUCGUCGCCGGCCUCACCGCCGUGGUGGGUGCCGUCCUUUUCCAGGUGUUUGUGCUGUAA